AUGGAGUUCAUUCGAAGGUUUGGAUUGUUGUCGAUCUCGAGAUCGUGGAGAGGGUCUCCGAGAAAACCUGCAAAAUGGAAUUACCUGCGCAAUGUGCGACUCAACUCGACUUUGCCUCCGCUCCCCAACUCAAGCAUUGUUCUCCGUGAUUACCAGGAGGAAUGUAUUCAGUCAGUGCUCAAGUACCUGGGCGAGGGCCAUCGGCGCCUUGGAAUCUCACUAGCUACGGGAGCUGGAAAAACUGUUAUCUUUACACAGCUGAUCGACCGAGUCCCACCCCGUGAUACAAAAGCAACGAAGACUAUGAUUAUCGUCCACCGCCGCGAACUUGUUGAACAAGCAGCGAAGCAUUGUCGUCUUGCAUACCCUGAUAAGAUUAUUGAGAUUGAAAUGGGUCAGAAUGUGGCCACAGGACAUGGCGACAUUAUCAUCGCGUCUGUUCAAACCCUCUCCAGAGGACGCAUCAAUAAGUUCGACCCCCUUCUUUUCAAGCUAGUGCUUGUAGAUGAAGCACACCAUAUCGUGGCGCGAUCAUACCGGGAAGUCUUGGGGCAUUUUAGCCUGAAUGAGCCUACACCAAGUGCGCCAGUCCUUGUUGGAGUUUCCGCGACCUUUGCACGAUUCGACGGUCUGAAACUCGGCGCCGCGAUCGACCAUAUCGUAUAUCACAAAGAUUACGUUGAUAUGAUCGGUGAUAAAUGGCUAGCCAAUGCAGUUUUCACAACCGUCAAGUCAGAAGCAAAUCUUGCAAAUGUCAAGAAAGACAAGUUCGGAGAUUUUGCUCUGAGCUCGCUAUCACAGGCAGUCAACACUAUCAACACAAAUAAUAUUACUGUUCGGGCGUGGAUGGCUAAUUCUGAAGGUCGGAAAUCUACAUUGGUCUUUUGUGUGGAUGUUGAACACGCCCGACAGCUCACGGCCACGUUUCGUGAGCAUGGAGUUGAUGCUCGGUAUAUUACUGCCACGACGCAUAAGAAUGUUCGAGCUGAAGAACUCGAUGCUUUCAGAAACCAAGAAUUCCCGGUACUGUUGAACUGUGGAUUGUUCACAGAGGGCACCGAUAUUCCAAACAUUGACUGUGUGCUUCUUGCAAGACCGACUAGAUCAAGGAAUCUCCUCAUACAGAUGAUUGGACGUGGGUUGCGGUUAUUUCCUGGAAAAGAAGACUGUCAUAUAAUUGAUAUGGUCGCGUCCUUGGAAACUGGUGUUCUUUCAACCCCAACCUUGUUUGGUCUUCAUCCAGAUGAGGUUCUAGACAAGUCCAGCGUGACAGAGAUACGGGAAGGCCGCCAAGAGGAACGAAUCCCCGAACCAGUACUUGAACCAGAAGAUGAGGUGGAUGACAACACAAGUUUGAAAUUCACCAGAUAUGACACCAUCUAUGACCUCUUGGAGGACACGCAGUCCGAACGACAUAUCAGAUCUCUCAGCCCAAAUUCCUGGGUACGGGUGGAUGGAACGAAGUACUUACUAUCAGAAACAUCUGGAUGGUUAACAAUUGAAAAAGAAAACGACGUGUUCGCAGUACGCCACGUCAUGAAAUUCAACGAUCCAGUCUCCGAGAAACUUCAAUUCACUCGUCCGCGGCUUAUUGCAUCCGGGCCGGACUUGGAAACUGCCGUACGAGCAGCAGAUACAUACGCAGGUGACAAGUUUGAGAAGCGAUCUAUUGCAUCUCGACAGCCCUGGCGCCAGAAUCCCGCUUCGUCGGCGCAGAUCAAUAUGCUGAAUAAAGCCCGCAUCAGAGAUGGGAAGCUUAAGGUCGGAGAUUGGACAAGAGGACAAGCAGCUGAUAUUAUUACCAAGCUGAAAUUUGGGGGAAAGAAACGGUUUAAAGAGAUCGCAACUCAGCAACGCAAGUUGCAACGGAAGGAAGAUGCCUUCAAUGAACUGGAUAAGCUACGACGACGAACUAAUGUCAAGGUUGGGCCAUUAGAAGGUUGA